AACGAACAGUAACGACGCCGACGCGACGGUAGCAAGGACGGCGGCCCGGUGCGGCGCAGCUGCCGAGAACGUCGUUUUCACUGACGCAACAUCGAUCGCGCACCUCCACGGGCUAUAACCUUUGCGUUUUCCGACGAGUUUCGUUGCGGCCUGCGGUGUUUUGCCGUCCGAUAGAAUUCAAAGAAUCAACUUGCCAGCCUACACCUCGCGCCUAAAGUUCUGAUCGUACACGAUAACGUCUACUAUAUAAAUUUCCGACGUGUGCUCCGAAAAAUGAAGACCACGAAGACCUUCGACUGACAGUCCAAACAACCCCGCGAACGCAAAGGAGGGACCUUCGCUUUCGGGAAAGUUUUGUGUAACACCGCCCGAUGCGUUGUCAAGUGCAUCUUAUUGCAAUUUUGAACUAUUCAGGGAACGUUAAUGGCAUUUGAAUUGCGGUGCUGCCCUUGGUUUAGUCGCGAGGAUUGACACUUAACGAGGAGAGAAUUAAAAGGCCUAUGAAUAGCCAUCAAAGAGUAUGAAUGAUCGUGACUCGUCGGCGGCUGCAUCGACGCGAGAUUCUUCCCGAUAGCGGUGUCGAUCGCAGACGUCGGCGAUUGGCGUCAUCAUCAUUGCCAUCGGCUUUAACAGUAGCAACGAUCGCACAUCGAAAUCAUGGAGAAACAGGAGUUUUUUGCGAAUCUACAUUAUCUGCCGAUUGCCGUUUUUGUCGCCUUGCCUACAGUUUUCAUUUUAACAUACAUAAUCGCUGUCUUACUAGGACAUGUGGAAGCUGGUUUUCCUUACAUUUCUGAUGCAGCAACUUACGCACCAGAAAGUUGUAUUUUCUCUCAAGCUGUCAACCUGAUUGCCAUUCUCAUGAGUUUUAUGAUCUACAUAAGAUAUUCUCAAGUUAAGGAAUGCAUCAAAUCCUUCGGUUCACCAACUUCUUUACCGAAAUGGAAUCAUUGGGCCUUAAUUUUCGGUCUCCUAUCAACCACCGGUCUAUCAAUUGUCGCAAAUUUUCAAGAAACGUCAGUAAUAGUAGUUCAUCUCAUCGGUGCUAUACUCUGCUUCGGAGGUGGUACCGCGUAUUUUUGGACUCAGGCUGUAUGUUCAUUUUACUUGUAUCCAUCAGGGUGCUCGUUACGACUCGCGCAUCUUCGCACGGCGUUAUCGACCUUCUGUACUGUGUGUUUCUUCGUGAUCCUCAUCACAGGCGUGUUGGCCCAUUUGGCUUAUAAGGGAACGAAUCCCCGGAAAUGGUACAAGGAGGAUGGCGGUUGGGAGUUGCAUGUGGCUAGCACGGUAACCGAAUGGCUUUGUGCAAUAGCGUUUUGCGCUUAUAUCCUGACAUUCACGGAAGAGUUUAGGGAUGUCAGAAUAAGUCCUCCAAAGGUGAUAUGUAACAUGCAUAUUUUACGAAUGAGAUCGCAUAACGAAAUAUUGAACGAGAGCCAGACCGACAGAGAUUCCGUUGUGGUUCACGAUCAGGCGAAUCCAUCAACCAGUACCUGAUCGCUCAUAGGCAGAGGCGCCGGCGGCUACGUCAAUCUUCUCUCGCAUUCACCGGUCGAUACACCCUGUCCCGGUUAUCGGUAUCGCGAGUCCAGAGACAACUUGCUGAACGAAGUGGCGCCGCUAGUGGCCACGACACCGCCAGCGUUGCACGACAACGCCGAGAGGCAUCCCGACGUUCUCUGCCCGGUGGAAAUACACGUACACGAUCCUGCGGUACGUGAACGACGACGACGUUCCAUAAACCAUCACGCCGAGAAGCGACACCAAAGAACCGUCGAGGACACUUCGAAGAGAUGGAUCGAUCUCGACGAAAAUGUGUUGGACGGUUACAUCUUAAUCGACGACAGAAACCUCGGUCCUUCCGUCCCCCAGGUUGACGGUGAGGAACUGCCGUAUCCUGAGGAUGCCAUUGAGUACGAUGACGACGAAGAUGACGACGACGAUGGUAACCAGGACGAGGAGACCGGUAGUCACGACAGACGCAAGUGGUCAACGUACAAUCGAUCGAGGGGGAUUAAUUCAAAACGAUACCGGUCUGAUUUCGAUUUCGGCGUGACAUAUCCGCUCGCGAAUAGUCACGGGAAUGCAUAUCAGGA